GAAUAAAUAUUAUUUAAAAAAAAUAUGGAUCAUCAAAAUUGGGAUUACACAACUGUUAAUAAAAAAAUCACUUAAAAAGGUGAAAAAGCUGUUUAGUAAGCAUAAUCUAUGGGUUAUUAAGUUGAAUAAGUCAAAAAAGCUGAUCAUGUCAAUCAAAAAAGCAACUUAGACGGGAGAUAUGUAGCUAAAGUUUUAAAUGAAGAAGAAUAUAAAGCCGAAACUGUUAGCCACGAUUUAAGAAUUGCAAUAUAAUAAGGAAGAUAGGCUAAAGGUUGGAAUUAAGAAUAAUUAGCUUUGUAAAUUUAAGAAAAGAAAAGUGUUAUUUCAGAUUAUGAAAGCGGAAAAGCAAUUCCUAACCCUGGUGUUAUUAAUAAAUUAGAAAGAGCCUUAGGUGUAAAAUUGCCUAGAGAAAAAAGAAAAAAAUAAAGAAGAAUA